UGCAUCGAAUCGACGGUUGCCGUCGUGCAACGUAAAAGAGUAGGGAGGGAAGGAAUAAGACAAAAAGAAGGAAAUCCACCGCCUUGGCGUACGACGACGACGGCCGCGAUUGUCGCUGCAGUUCUAGUGGGUGGUAGGGCAUCCACCGCCUUCAAUCUGCUGCCCUUCUUCUCCUCCAGUCAAAUCUCCCGCCCAUCCCUUCGAAAAUUUUCUAUUCAAUUUCCCAGAUCGCUCCGUUUUCCUACUUUGCCUCGUAUUAUUGUUUUUGUCGGCCAAAGUUUCGAUUUUGACCAGCGAUUUCCGAUAAAGGACCGGCCUUUGGGAUUCAGGGAAGAAGAAGGAGGGUAUAUAUCGUUAUUCAGUACUCCGUCAUGCCGAAGAAGAGGAAGGCGGCUAAGCGCAAGAAGAAGAUGGCCGCCGCCGCCACGGCGGAUGUUGCUCCUAAUGAUCAUGGGCAUCACGACGAUGGGGUGCUGCCUCCGCCUGAGGAGAUCAAGGAACACGAUGGCGGAUCCACGGCGUCUUCUUCCUCUGCAUCAUCGUCGCCUCGAGAGCACCAUUGUUCUUCAUCUGCCGAAGAGUUCCCUGGAUCUGAACCCGUUGCCUUUAAUGGAUCCACUGAAGGAGUGGUCUUAGUCGAGCACGACCUGGUGGAGGAAGACUCUUCUAUUGUUGUAGAGGAAACAACUUUUAGCUCUACCACAGAGUUCUUUGCUAAAUCCGAGGCUUCCCUUGUCGAAACCACUAAAUAUGACAAGGAAGACGAGGGAUCUGUUGUUCCUGUCGAAAAGAUUGCUGUUUUCGCUGAAGAGGAAAGGCAAGGCGAUGAGAUUGCUUUGGCUGAAGUCCAAGUGAAAGUAGUGCUGCUUACUGAUGUACAUGAGACGGUUGAAGAACAACUCGAUGAGAGUCAUGGAGACCAUUGUUUUGGUGGAAAAGCUGAGGUUUUACCUACUAUUGAGCUUACGCCAUCUCCUCCGGUGGUAGUUCGUCCGACGACUUGGUGGACUUGCUGUGGAUUGCUUGACGUCUUUGCAGGUUCAGGGAGAUAAACUAAACAAGUGAUGCAGAACCUUGGGCUUGUUCCUUGAAGACCAACGCUCGAUAUAGGGUUUGAGACAAGGCUUUUAUGCAACUUUUGCUGUAUUUCUUGUUUGCUUUUGCUGUAGUUAAAUUUAUGGGCAUCUCGUUAUUAUAAUAAAACUCUUUGGAUUUGUGUAUUACGCAAAGGGAUAAAGAACUUGACAUUUUCCCAUGUCUUAAGACAAAGUCAGUAUUCAAAUUGAACUCA